AAUCUCGAUUGCUUUAGUCGAUAUGAAAUUUGUUUGAAAUAUCGUGACAUAUUGGUUUGAUCAAUCGUAUUCUUAAAGUCAAAGUGAUCUAAAACAUGUGGAAACGACUACAACGUAUAUGGCAAAAAUUUUUGCCGCAACAAGUGAUACGAAUCGUUGUUUUGUGUGUAGCAACAUUGACCAUUGUGUUUGAUAUCGUCACUCUACCUAUCUAUUUAUUAUGGUAUAAACCAUGGCAUCUAUGGCCUUUUAUAUAUCAAGAUCGUUCAGUUCAAGAUGAUGAUUAUUCUGAUGAAUUGGUUCGAAAAUCAACCCGAACACAUCUACCCGAAUUUUAUCUCAACGAUUGUCAAACAUUGGAUGAAGCAUUCAUAAAAGGUUAUAAAGUGUUCGGACCACAACAUCCAUGCUUGGCUUGGCGUCCUAUUCUCGAUCGUGAAUCGAACAAACAAAAUGACAUAAAUAUACCAUGUCUAUACAAAUUGGGCGAGUACCAAUGGAUGACUUGGGAAACACUAAUACAAUCUAUCAAUCGAUUUGGCAGCUCGUUACGUCUAAUGCUUUCAGCUCAAAAAGGAGACAGAAUCAUAAUUUAUGCUGAAACAAGUUAUCGAUGGUUCAUAGCAGCCCAAGCCAUUAUAAAAAAUGGAUCUGUAGUAGCAACAUUAUAUCCGACCCUAGAUAAUCAAGGAGUUUAUGAUGCAAUCAAAGAAUGUGAAACAACAGUCAUUGUAACUACGAAUCAACUUCUCAAAAAAUUGAUCAAACACCCGAAUAAAGAUGAGAUUUUUCAGCAAUUACGUUAUAUUAUUCUUCUUGAUCACAUGGAAAAUCAAAAGAAUAAAGACAUUGAAAAUUUGAAUUUGGAAUUAAACAACAAUAACCAAAAUGACGUCCAAUUUUUCACCUAUGAACAGAUCCUACAAGCUGGAAAAAAAGAUUUUGUUUUUUCGAAAAAUGAUCCAGAUGAUUUAGCAGUCAUUAUGUACACAUCCGGUUCUGGUGGCAGACCCAAAGGUGUUCUAAUGACACAACGAAAUAUCAUGGGAUUGUUUAAAGGUUGUAUUGGAUUACUCGAGUUUUUCUUGCACGAAACUCGUCGUCACAUUUAUAUUGCAUAUCUGCCAUUAGCACACAUUCUGGAAUUUGGUGUCGAAACAUUUGUCAUUUUACUUGGAGCGCGCAUUGGUUAUUCCACUCCGCAUACAUUAACCGAUAUGAGUGCAGGAUUGAUGGCUGGCUGUAAAGGAGAUGCAACAUUGUUGCGACCUACAGUUAUGGCCUGUGUUCCAUUAGUUUUAGAUAGGAUACGAAAAGCCAUCUUGACAAGACUGAAUCAGCUUGGUGGUCCUCAAUUUGGAACCAAAAUCAAAUUAGUCGAUUGGACGGAAGGUGGUUACACAACAACCGAUGAACCAAAUCCACGUGGCGAAAUUCAUUUAUCCUGUGAAUCCUUGUCGGUCGGUUAUUUCAAAUUAAAAGAUGUAGAUCGCGAAGCCUAUUAUGAAGAUCACAAAGGCGAUCGAUGGUUUCGAACGGGUGAUAUAGGUGAAAUGUAUCCGAACGGUUCUUUCAAGAUAAUAGACAGAAAAAAAGAUUUCAUCAAACUUCAAUUUGGUGAAUAUAUUUCCCUUAGUAAAGUGGAAACAAAACUUAAAACUUCGUAUUUGGUCAAUCAAAUCUGCGUGCUCGCUGAUUCAUUGCAUGAUCAUUUGAUCGCUCUAGUUAUUCCAAAUAAAAAAGCUAUCGAACGAAUUUGGACAAGACAAAUUGUCACCAAAUGUCAAAAAAAUGAACAUGAAAAUUGUAAUCUAGAAAAUGAAAAAAUACUGCGAAUAUUCAGAAAAAAGAUGCAAAUACAUGCCCGCUUAAAUGGUCUACGUCGAUAUGAAAUUCCUAAACAUUAUUUAUUGGUAGAGGACGAAUGGACUGCUGAAAAUGGUUUAGUCACCGCAAGUUUCAAAUUAAAAAGAAAACAAAUUCAACAUUUUUAUCAAGAAAGGAUUGAACAAAUAAUAGCAGAGAGUCGUGAAUAAAUUAUUUAUAUUUGUUUUGAAUUUGAAUUUUUGUGACACUAGAUUUGAUGCAAAAAAAAACGAUCGUCAAACAAAUGGCUUUAUCAUCAUC